GUGCACGUGUAGGCUCUGCUAUUUGUCGAGUAUAUAGCCAGGAUGUCCAAUAGGGGACAAAAAGUAGUUGUGGAGUCAUUCCAUUGGAAAUCGCCAUACUGAGUUUCUGAAAUUAACCAUUGCGGCGCAGGCGUAAUCGAACCAAAUGAUGCACAUUGUUCGACCUUCUUAGGAAAACUUAUUGCUCUAUGGUUGAAAUAAAAGUGGUUUAGAGUUGUUAGAAUCUAACCUUAAAAGACAAAGCGUUAAUUUGUUAAUUGUACUGCAGUUGAUAAAAUUAUUUAAAGCAUGGCGUCGUCAAGGGAAAGACGCUUCAAUGCCGGAAAUAAAAUGGCUAAAUUGUUAAACGAGGAGGAGGACGAUGACUUUUACAAAACUACCUAUGGCGGUUUUGAAGAAGUGGAACAAGAUAAUGAUUAUAUGGAGGAAGACGAAGGCGAGGAUGAAGUAGAUUCAGACUUUAGUAUCGAUGAGAACGACGAGCCUGUUUCUGAUCCUGAACAAGAAGGACCUAAAAAGAAACGCAGACUCAUAACAAAGGCAUAUAAGGAACCUAAAGUUAUUUCUACACAACCGCAAUCCACUCCAAAAGAAAGAAAAAAGAAGAUUCCAAGACAAGGGAGAUUUUCAUUUGAUAAUACUGAAAGAAAAUCAAUUCGUCGCUCAACAGCUGCAAAAUCUGCUGCAACACAGAAGAGAUUAAGAGAAAGAAACGAAGAUCAAAAGAAGAAGGUAAAGAUUGUGAGACACGAUACAUGGAAACCAACACAACAGGAACUUUUGGAAGAAGCUCUAUUAACCGAGGAAAUUAAUCUUAAAUCGUUAGAAAAAUAUCAAAAGUUGGAAAAUGAAAAGAAAAACACGAGAACAGUAAGAAAAACUCAAGUUGGUCCCAUGAUACGAUAUCAAUCCUUGUCGAUGCCCGUGAUGCUUCUGUCUGAAUCGCCAUUAGAAAAGGAAGAAGAAAAAAUUAAUGUAGAAGGCGACGACGAGAAAAGUGCCGUACCGACAUCGGAUCCUUCUCAAGUAGAACCUUUAGCAUCAGAAAGUGAUUCGAUCGAGAAAAAACCGGAGUCCCAGGAGGAUGCAGGUCUUAGCGUACAAGAAACCGGUUCAUUUUAUGAGAGGACAUUUAUCACCUUUGAGAAUGAACAAUUGUUUAAUGCGGCUUUUAAGAAGUCAGCCGUACCUAGACCUCCGCUGAAGGCCCUUUGCGCUAUCACACGGCUGCCCGCAAGAUACCUCGACCCCAUAACACAACAGCCUUACAGAAAUAUACAGACAUUUCGACUUUUACGAGACGCGUAUUAUCAACAACUGGAAGCGCGCACUGACACCAAUGACGCAACGCAAAAUCCAGAAUUGUUGCGAUGGCUUGAAUGGAGGCAGAAAUGUCAACGAGCUGGAGCGCAGAGAAAUACCGUUCGCCUUGAGCCAGCAUCGGUAUCCGCAGCUUCUUAGCUUUAUCUUCUCGUGAAUAAUACGUCAAAUCUUAUUCCGAUUGUUAUGCCGAAAUAACGUGCGCCGCGAAUAAAAUCAGAACAAAUUGUGUCGUACGACUCGGAGAAGGCCAUCGCGUCGAUAUGGUCAUCUUUUGGCUGUAUAUUUUAUAAAACACGACAAAAGAUUAAUGCAUUUAACUGCACGAGCAAGACCUUCAAAAGUCGUAACUUUUGGAUGGACUCCAAAUACAGGACUUUUAUCAUUGUCAGUCCAAAUAAUGAACGUCACUGACUUUCCUAUUAUAAUCUUAAUGCUAGAACAGUAAGUCGUUAGGUAUCGCUGUGUAAUUUCGAGGAACCGCCAAUUUGGCACUGGUCCUAGCUGAGGCCACGAGGUCAGCUUAGAAAAGAUUUAUUAUGUAGAAAAUUUAUUCGCAGUACGCAGAAAACUACUGCUCAAAAUUAUACUAAGAAUAAAUGAUCAUUUAAUAUUUUAA